UUGGAUGUCACACUAUCCUUUCAGCUUAUCCAGUUUAUGCAGCUGUUUCUUAUCUUUAAAUAACAUGCAAAUGACUUCCUUAUUCUUGCCAGAAGCUACCAGGCUCCCCGGAUGUGACGACACGGUGUGUUGCGACCAAGUCUGCCGCAAAUUACAUCAGAAGAACAACAUGGCGAAUCUCGUUGAGGCGACAACCCAACAACAGUUUGAAGCUUUCUUAGCCAAAGCUGGAAAAUGCCUGACCGUGGUGCAUUUCCAGGCGGCUUGGGCUCCUCAGUGCGGCCAAAUGAACGAAGUGAUGGCCGAGCUGGCGAAGGAACACGCGCACACGACGUUUGUGAAGCUCGAGGCGGAAGCGGUGCCGGAGGUGUCGGAGAAGUAUGAAGUUGCUUCUGUACCCACUUUCAUUUUCUUUAAAGGAGGGGAAAAUGUGGACCGCCUGGACGGGGCCCAUGCUCCGGAGCUGACCAAGAAGGUGCAGCGCCUGGCAGUGACCGGGAGUCCCGGUGAAGCAGCGGAAAGUAAGACCGCAGAGCUGAACCAGAGGCUGAAGAAGCUAAUAAACGCGGCGCCCUGCAUGCUCUUCAUGAAGGGGUCCCCGCAGGAGCCCCGCUGCGGCUUCAGCAGGCAGAUAGUGGCCCUGCUGAAGGAGCACAGCAUCCAGUUCAGCAGUUUUGACAUCCUGUCCGACGAGGAUGUCCGACAGGGGCUGAAGGCCUACUCCAACUGGCCCACCUACCCUCAGCUAUACGCGAACGGAGAGCUGGUGGGAGGACUGGACAUUGUGAAGGAGCUGGCUGAGUCUGGAGAGCUGGAGAACACCUGCCCGAAGGCUGUCACCCUAGAGCACCGCUUGAAGACCAUCAUCAACCAGAGCCCGGUCAUGCUGUUCAUGAAGGGCAACAAAGAGGCUGCAAAAUGCGGCUUUAGCAGGCAGAUAGUUGAGAUUAUGAACAACAGCGGGGUGGAUUAUGACACAUUUGAUAUUCUUCAGGAUGAAGAGGUGCGUCAGGGUCUCAAGGUCUAUUCUAGCUGGCCAACCUACCCCCAGCUAUACGUGAAAGGAGAGAUGAUCGGAGGUUUGGACAUAGUCAAGGAGCUGCUGGAAAGUGGAGACCUGGUGUCAGUGCUGAAGGGGGAGUCGUAGGUGGAUUUUUCACGCCAAUAAAGAUGGAGAGCAAAAAGCUUCCCGCAUAAUGCCCAGAUCAGUCCUCUGUGGCUGAUGUAACACUGGGGUCAGGAAGUGAAAGAUAGAGUUUAUGAAAAGAAAUUAACAUCAUCAUAUAUUUUUUUUCUCACCUAUAAUAAACCCGUUGUAGGAUCUGGAUAGAUUAACUUUCAAUUUAAGUUAAGGAAAAUGAUUUUUGCAGUGUUUCAAGUGUGACUAAACAGUGACUGGUUAAAACACCUCCUGCUCAACUUAAGUUCAUAUAAUCUGAUUUCAUUCAACAUUUUUGGGUUAUAUCUGCCCUUUCAGUAUUCAAAGCCUCACACCGGGGAACGAGUUAAUAUCUAGUAACUCAUUAUAUACCAACUGACCCAGCUGCUGACUCUUCAUGCCGUCCUGUCCAGCUCCUCUCAACACUUUCUUCACCUUUAAAGAUAGAAAAACUGGCUUCAAUACUUCGAACUAACUCUAUAAGGCACUUAUUGGUAAAAUGUUCGUCAAUAACAUUAUGAUUAAAUGAUGGAAAAAAACAA